ACCUGCUAUCAUUACACAAAAAAAGAGUUUGUGUAGUGUUUGUUCCAUUUAGCUCAGAGAAAGAUGGAGCUCUAUGUGUUUAUGUUCAUGCUUGCCACACUUGUUGCUUCUGAGAAAAAAACUGUGCAUAAAUGGUUCUUUCUUUUAGGAUGCUCUGAUACAGAGAAAGAAAUGUUGUAUGGAGUGGACGGAGAGGAAUACUACUAUGCAGACUAUGUUAAAGGAGUAGCAGUAGAUGCUCUUCCUGACUUUACAGUUCACCCUUCCUUCCCUGGACUAUAUGACCAAGCCUUAGCUGAGAUUCAAAUUUGCAAAGCAAACUUAGCUUCAUCUAUCAAAGCUUAUAAAAAUCCACAAGUGAAAAUGGACAAACCUCAGACCUCCAUCUAUGCUGAGAAUGUUGUGCAGCUGAAUGUUGAAAACACACUCAUCUGUCAUGUGACUGGAUUCUUCCCUCCUCCUGUCAGAGUCUCAUGGACUAAAAACAACGAGGGAUUAAAAGCAGACAGUCUAAGUCAGUAUCGCCCAAAUGAUGACGGCACUUACAACAUCUUCUCCAGUCUGACGUUCACACCUGUGGAGGGAGACCUUUACAGCUGCACUGUGAACCACACAUCUCUUGAUCAACCUCAGACCAAAACAUGGGAUGUGGAUGUUGCUGUACCCAGUGUUGGUCCAGCUGUGUUCUGUGGAGUGGGUCUGUCUCUGGGGCUGCUGGGAGUUGCUGCUGGAACUUUCUUCCUCAUUAAAGGAAACAACUGCAACUGACAACUCUGAGAUGGAAGCAAACUCAGAAAAUAAACUAUAUAUAGUGUGUAGCAAGCCCUGCAAAUAAAUGUUUCAUUUGGCCCAAGUGGAAUUGAAAAUAGUGAUACUUUAUUCUGUCACUCAUCACAUCGAUGACAGGAAGCAUCUUACAAUUUUAGGAAUAGAUCUCAAUGUGAAGAGUUCAGAUGCAAAAGCCUCUAAGUGCCAUCUGAAAUUUUCUUCUAAAAUGAGCAUUAAUAUCAAGCUUGUAUGUUUAGGUUCAGUAAUUUCACUUUAAUGGCAAUUAAUAGGUCCUUUUCAUUGCCAUUAAAGUGAAAUAACUGAACAUUAACAUACAACCUUGAUAAAAAUGAAGAAAAUUUCAGACGGCACUUAGAGGCUUUUGCAUCUGAACUCUUCAUGUGUUCUUUAACAACAUUAAUAUUGUCUGGUAACUAAUGCAGAAAUGAGGCAACAUCUUUGCUUGAAAUGUAACACCAAAUACACUUACAUACAAUAUCUAAAAUCCUUGAAAUGAUAGUUGAUCUUUUUGCUAAUACAUCUUCAGUUCAUCCAGAGUGAUAUCUGAAGAUUGAUUGAUUGAUUCAAUUAAAAAAAAUUUUUCACAAAUAUAAUGGUAUUCUUAAAAAUUGUGUUACUGUGUGCUUGAAAAUAUAUAUAUUUUUUUUUACAUUUCCUGGCAUUGUUGUAAUCAAUUUAAAGUUAUAAAUUCUACAAGGUCUUGUACGUUUUCUGUGAUACACUCCAAAUAAAGCUUCUAUAUUUUGAUUUCA